AUGACAGCGCAGGAAGAAAUGUUAAAGGAAGAAACACCACCACCACAGUGGAGCAAAACGCCAGCUCAAUCUAAGUUGCCGGAUAUUGCACUGCCGAAGUUCAAUGGCAGUUACACCGAUUGGCCCUCAUUUAUUGAUCUGUUCACCUCAGUCGUGAUCAACCGAGAGGACUUGGACGACGUCCAGAAGUUUUACUACCUCAAGGGAUGCCUGCGAGGAGAGCCGCUCAAGAUCAUAUCGAACCUAUCGCUCACCGGAUCAUCGCUCAAUUCAGCCAUCGCCCAGCUCAAGAGCCGCUAUCAGAACAAGCGCCGGCUCAUCCAAGCGCACUUGGAUCAACUGGCGUCGCUACCUGCUGGACCACCGGUUAUGGCAGCCGAGCAAGCGAAGAGCCUGAGCCAGCUCAUUUCGACAGCUCUGGAGACGAGGAAUGCCGUGCUCAACUUGGUUGAUCCAGGAACACUAGGCGAUUGUAUGCUGGUGCAUCAAGUUAGCCGCAAGCUGGAUCGUACAACCAAGGAGAGGUGGGAGUCGUCACUCGGGGCGACAACUGAAUUUCCAAGGUUCGAUUCGCUGGUGGAAUUCGUCACCGCCCGUGUGAGGACCUUGGAGUCGCUCAGCGAGGACCAGGCGAAGGCAGCUCAACCCAGAGCGGCACCAACGCGACAGACAGUUCAAUCCACGCAGCUCCGAAGGCCAGCUCACACAGCAGUAGCUGCAGCGCCAGCUCGACAGCCAGCUCCUCGAACGGCACCCGAGAGGCCCGACUCAGAGCGACCAUCGCCGUUCGAGUGCUGCGAUUGUUGCGGAGGGCAACAUUAUAUUGUUGCGUGCUCACUAUUCCGAAGCAUGACGCCCAAAGUAAGAGCUCAAUGUGUGGAAAAUAAGCGCCUGUGUUACAAUUGCCUGGGCAGGCACAGCGUCCGCUCGUGUAAAUCCACGCAAAAGUGCAAGCACUGUGGAGGGCAACACCACACGAUGAUCCACGAAGGCGAGACGCUGACAGCUCAACUCCAAGCCGGUUCCGAAAUCUCGUUCAUCUCCGAAGAACUCACCCGUCUGCUCAACCUUCGGAGACACAGAUCAUCCAUCACAAUCAUUGGUGUUGGUGGAACAAAAUCAACUGAAACAAAGGGUGUGGUCACUGUCACACUCCAAUCAAGGCAUUCACAACAGACUGUCUGCAUCCAGCCUCACGUGCUCACAGCCGUAUCGACAAUCCUGCCAUCGUUCUCAAUGAGAACUCCGGAUUGGCCUCACAUUAGAAAAUUGAGGUUGGCGGACAAUGAUUUCUUGACACCACGACCGGUCGAUUUAAUCAUUGGAGCGGAUUUCUACGGAAGGAUCAUCAAGCCAAAUAUCAUCAAGGGCUCACCAACAACACCAAUUGCUCAACUUUCCAUUUUUGGAUGUUGCUCAAGACGACCAGAGCAAUCUGCAGGAGCUGCUCACCAAAUUCUGGGUUCAAGAGGAAUGGAUAUUCCAUCACCAAUGGAUAUUCCAAGCACGCUCACUCCGGAGGAAGAAGAAUGCGAAUCACAUUUCUGUGCGACUCACACUCGUGAUCACACUGGAAGGUACAUCGUUCGCAUUCCACUCAAGGCACCAGCAUCGCUCUUAGGCAAUUCACACAAGAUUGCUCAAAGAUGUCUACAAAGCACGUUGCGACGACUCUCCAAGGAUUCAACAUACAACCAGCUCUACGUCGAGUUCAUGAAAGAGUACGAAGAAUUAGGACACAUGGUAAAGGCUCCAGAUCACCAAAGAAUUUCAUCAAGAGAGGCUGAGAACGUUGGGCCUGAUGGGGAGAUGACCUUGGCACAUGAUGCUUCGGCAUCAGGAGGGUUGAGGGUCUCUUCUGACGGUUCAACACCUCAGACCUCUGCUCAUCUUCAACCAUAUUAUUUGCCUCACCAUGGAGUUCUACGUCUCGACAGUUCAACAACGAAGCUCAGGGUUGUAUUCAACGGAUCAAAAGCUACGACAUCAGGCAAAUCAGUCAACGAUUUAAUGCAUACUGGUGCUAAUUUGCUCUUGAAUGUUACAGAUGUUCUAAUUUGGCUUCGCCAUUAUCACCACAUUUUUGCCACAGACAUCACAAAAAUGUAUCGCCAGGUAGCAGUUCACAAGGAUGAUUGGGAUCUCCAGCGAAUCCUUUGGAUCGAUGAAGACCGCAAUGUCAUCCCUUACCAGCUCACAACUGUCACGUACGGUACAAAGGCGGCUCCCUUCCUGGCGACACGAGCACUCAUGCAACUUGUUCACGAUGAGGGUCAUCGAUUCCCUCUGGCAACGCCCUCGCUCACACAUGGCAGAUAUGUGGACGAUAUCUUUGGAGGAGCAGACUCAAUUUCGGAACUUGUGGAGGUCGCUCAACAGCUGAUUGCAUUGUGCAACGCGGGCGGAUUUCCACUCGCAAAAUGGCAUGCGACUCACCCAGAUCUUCUACGGGCUGUUUCGUCAUCCACACAAUCGUCAGCUCCCAUAUCAUUUGACGACUGCACUACCAAAUUACUCGGAAUUCAAUGGAUGCCUCAAACCGACAAUUUUGGCUUUUCAUCCACGAUCACAGAUCAACCAAGUAAGUGCUCAAAACGCCUCGUAUUGUCCGAAGUGGCUCGGAUAUUUGAUCCAUUAGGUUUCGUCUCACCGGUAAUAGUACGAGCAAAAAUGCUAUUACAAGAACUCUGGCUACACAAAAUCAAUUGGGACGAUCCAUUACCGUCUCAAAUUGUAUCACGAUGGUUCAUCAUCAGAGAAGAUCUCAACAGCUUGGCCAAGCUAUCGAUCCCAAGAUGGUUCAACACAUGGAGCAAUUCAAUUGUAGAAAUUCAUGGGUUCUCUGAUGCUUCUCAACUUGCCAUGGCAGCAGUGAUUUAUAUCACUGUCAGCUCUCCGUCCAACGACUCAAUGACGUCACUUGUCUGCUCUAAGACAAAGGUUGCACCACUGAAGAGGCUCACAAUACCAAGAUUGGAGUUGUCUGCAGCACUCCUAUUGGCAAAACUCACAAAAUAUGUUCAAUCAACGCUCAAGGUAAAAAUCAAGGCAACGCACCUGUGGACGGAUUCUCAAGUUUCGCUCAUAUGGAUCAAAUCGCAAGCAUCACGUUGGAAGGAUUAUGUUCGGAACAGAGUCAUUCAAAUCCAAGAACUCACUCCAAAUGCGCAUUGGAGGCAUGUUCCAGGUACUUCAAAUCCAGCCGACUGUGCUUCCCGAGGCGUUUCGACAAAUCAACUUCAACGAUUCGAGCUUUGGUGGAAAGGUCCCCCAUGGAUGGCUCGAAAUCAAGAUCAUUGGCCAGAGCAAAAGGAAUUCUCAACUUUAAACAACGAACUCGAAGUGAGACCCAAUGUCUCACUCUUUGCCUCAGCUCAAAAGCUAAGUUAUCAUUGGGAUCUCAUUUACAAAUAUUCAUCUCUUAUUAAGCUGUAUAGACUGACUGCACUUUGUUUCAGGUUUGCCUCACGGCUUAAGAGAAAGCUCGAAACUCCUCCUGUGAUCAUCAUACCAUCCUGCGACAUGGAGAAGGCGCAGCUCUUCUGGAUUCACGCGACUCAACACUUGUAUUUCACCAGCGAAAUCAAGACGCUCAACUCAGGCUCAACCCUGCCUGCAACUCACCCCUUCAGUCGCCUCACCGCCUUCAUCGAUUCGCAGGGAACAAUACGAGUAGGAGGAAGACUCACAAACACAGCGCUCAGCAGGGAUGAAAAACAUCCAGCGAUCCUCCCACGGGACGCUCACCUGUCGAAGAUCAUCAUUGAAGAUGCUCACAAGCGAACAUUUCACGGAGGAACGCAGCUCACGCUCGCAUACAUUCGACAACGGUACUGGAUCAUCGGUGGCAGAGCUCCUGUAAAAUCUCACAUUUUGAGAUGUGUCGUGUGUGCUCGUCAGAGGGGGAUUCGUGCUCGUCAGAUGAUGGGUCAACUACCUCUCUGUCGAGUCACACCAUCACGACCAUUCGCUCACACCGGUGUCGACUAUGCAGGACCGAUCACAAUGAAAAAUUCAAAGGGAAGAGGCUCGAAAACAAUCAAAGGAUGGAUCUGCGUGUUCGUAUGUUUCUCCUCAUCAGCUGUUCACCUCGAGGUUGUCAGCGAUUACUCAACCGAGGGAUUUCUGGCAGCCUACAGAAGAUUCUCAUCACGAAGAGGGAUCGCUCACAAGUUGUACUCUGACUGUGGGACAAAUUUCAUUGGAGCACAGGCAGAGCUUAAACGCCUGUUCACGUCAAGUUCACAGGAGCACCGACAGAUCGCAUCGAUUCUGUCAGCUGACAGCACUCAAUGGAUGUUCAACCCACCAGCUGCUCCUCACAUGGGAGGAAAAUGGGAAGCUGUGGUGAAAUCAAUCAAGUACCAUCUCAGGAGAACAAUUGGUGAGCUCUUACUAACAUUCGAAGAGUUUUCCACUCUCCUCACACAGAUCGAAGCGGUGCUCAACUCAAGACCACUGGAGCCGCUCAGUGACGAUCCCGACGACAUCUCUGCGCUCACCCCAGGACACUUCCUCAUCGGUUCAGCGCUCAACACGAUACCAGAACCAUCACUGCUCGACGUCUCACCAGGUAGAUUGUCGAAAUGGCAACUGAUCCAGCAGAGGGUUCAACACUUCUGGUCUCAGUGGUCUCGACACUACCUGCAGAGACUUCAAUCAAUCUCCAAGUGGCAUCACCCAUCGAACGACAUCAAGACAGGCUCGUUGGUGCUGCUCACGAACGAGCAUCUUCCACCGAGCAAGUGGCCACUCGCAAGAGUGACCGAAGUUCACCCCGGCAAGGAUGCCCUCACCAGGGUUGCAACCGUGAAGACUGCAACCACGACUCUCGUCAGACCGAUCACCAAGCUUGUCAUCCUGCCUGUUCACCAUCAAGCUGAGCUCACCUCUGCAGAAACAUCAUCAACGAGUUGCUGA